CAGGAACACCGGCCAUCACAUUUCUCGGCUUUCUGUCGAUUUGUCCAGCUUGGUGGCCCCCUCCCAACGCCUGCAUUCUCGAUCUUGACUCACUUCCGGUGCUUCGCAGAUUCAUUAUCUUUAGGCACCCACCGAGGUCGGUGACCAACUCCUUACAGACUAACUACCUUGAGCCUCCAUACGCAACCUUCUGAUAUCGAUGCCACCUGAGAUUGACUCAAUCCGUAUCCAUGUUGUCUCGAAUUGUUCUUGUCAGUAGUAUCUAGAAUCGGUUCUUAUUUGUGUGUACAGGAAGCAAGUCGGCGACGCGACUCUUUUCUCUAGGAGUGCCCUAGUUGAAGGUUAUCUGUUCGGUGAAGAUUGCGUGUGAUGAUCGAUGUUGAGUUCCUGUAGUUGCAGUCUAGCGAUGAUUAAUAGCCCGGAUGGGUCACUAGGUUGACGUCCACACGCAGUUGUGGGUGUGCAAGGCGCCGGGUGUGUCCCGAGUUGUGAGCAGGAACUAUCCAUGGGUAGUGACAGCAUGUCUCGAGAAACUCGGAAGUAUAGGGCCCUGGAAAAUUUCACAAAUCUGUUUUGGACAUGUACCUCUAAAAUGUAUGGAAGGUCGCCCCUUCUCGUAAAUGUCGUUGCAGCAGUCUUUCUUCUGCAACUAUCUGCGUUCACUACCACCGUUGAAUCUGCUUCCGCUAGAGGAGAAGUUAUUUUGGCAUUAAAGAGAAUUGCCGUGAUUGAAUUUAGUGGCAGCAAUGUAGCACAGAAUAGCUUGUUAAACCACACCCAGAUCGCUGCCUACGACUUUGAGCAACAUCUGGUGAACUACCACGAGAGACGGCAGCUGCAAGUGACCGGGCUCUUCACUAACAAGCCGCUGGCUGUGAGGAGCGACCGCAUUGAUCCAACAAACAAGUUCAGACGCUAUAGAGACGGCUACGAUGUGACAAGCAAGAAUUACUGGGGGUCCGUGGUCUUCACGGGAGUUUACGGAUACGGUGUGGCGGCAGCGUGGCUGCUACUGGGUCUAGCUCUAGCACUUCUUGCAUGCUUCCGACGCUGCUCUCGGCGACCGAGGUCUAAUAAGCAUCAUCCAUCAAAUUAUUACCUGGUUCCGAAACUCGUCGUCCUGCUUCUCUCUUUUAUUGCUAUAGCAUGUAUUGCUACAUUGUUUGCACUUAACCAUCAAACAUUCUCACAAACCGAUAAGGUCAAGAGCACCGUAUUGAGAGCCGCCAUAGUAGCGACUGACACGAUACACACAGUGACUUCGACUCUUGGGAGAGUGCAAGACGUUCUUGAGAAGUACAACAUCCCUGGAUGGAAAGCAUUGAAUUCGACGGAGGCGAAACUGAAUACGCAAGCUGACCUCGUAGUUGACAAAAUCAACAACAAUCUGCGGAAAUUCAACAGGCUCAUCGAUGCAGUGAAAAUUUCACUGAUUCUCGUCUUAUCCUUGAGCCUCGUUCUCGUCAUCGGUGGGCUCUUGGCUGCGUUCCUGGGAUGGAGUCGAAUUUUCUUCGUGUUUAUAAUGUUGGGAUGGAUUUUGACUGCCUGCGUAUGGGUGAUGUUCGGCCUUUUGUUUGCGUCCAAAAAUGUGGCGUCAGACACGUGCUUGGCGCUGAACGAGUUCCUGCAGGCGCCUGCGAACACCACAUUGGACGAAUUUCUCCCGUGUGUGGACGCGGAAACUUCCAACGCUGCUCUUAUCAGUGUUCGAGAAAAUGUUGGCGAUGUCAUCGAACUGGCUAAUUCUACUGUAGUCACGAUUCAGAGAGCGAGCAACUUCUUUGGGAGGGGGAACGGCGAGCUUCUCACUUUGUGCAACCCAAUUGGUGGCCCGCCAGAUUACCUUUACUCAGAGACUUGUCCCGAAGGAACACUGCCAAUUAGUCAACUUCCUGCUGUUCUGGCGCCUUAUGUGUGCAUGGAGAACAUGUCCAAUUUCGAUUGUUUCACAGACGGUCGUUGGGUCAGCUCAGAAAAUAAUUCAACUCUCUACGAACUUUCACAAGGAGCGGAUGAUCUUCUCGGCACCAUCCCAAUGCUUUCUAGACUGGCGAACUGUUCAAUAGUGUUCGAUACUUUCAACAACUUUGUCAACCAGAGGUGUCGUCCGCUCAAUCGGGCCCUUCGCAGCAUGUGGAUCUCCAUAUUACUCUUGUCUAUAUUUUUUACCCUGUUGACUGCGCUCUGGGCUGUAACGAAUUACCGCAACAAGCACCAACGGCACAUGAAUAAAGUUGAACAGUACAUGGCAACGAAAGGAAGACCAAUUUGAUAAUCUUCUUCUCGGUCUUCACAAGCACAACGAGAAAACAUGCGUGUAAAGAGCGGAGCUUUUGGCCUUAAAAAUAUGUAAACGGAGUGGAGGCAAAACUCGCAAAUCCUCGAGUUGUCACGAUGUAAAAUGACAACUUUCCUGCAGCGGAUUGUUUUCGACGUGCGAAAACAUCCUACUGUAGAUGGAAAGUAACGGAACACUUAAUUAGGGGAGUGGAGUGGACUGGAGUCUGACAACCUCAUAAAUGUACAAAUGUUUUUCUUCUUCUUCUUCUUCUUCUUCUUCUGCUUUUGAACAGUACUUAUUUGUAUGGAUGCUCUUUUUUCAUUUCAUCCAUUGCCGGUUGUUCCAGAACUUGGUAAAUUUGAUGCAAGAAGACUCUUAUUCCACACA